AUGAAUAAUUUUUCAUCUAAUACAACUAUGUCUUAUAAUCAAUGGUCAAUAGAUAAAAUCAUUCGUAUUAUUAUAUUAGCAAUUAUAAUGUGUGUUACAUUACUUGGUAAUAGUUAUAUUAUAUUUGAAUUAUUUUGUCGUCGUCGACAUCGAACACGUUUACAUUUAUUUAUCCUUAAUUUAUGUAUUGAUGAUUUAACAAUAUGUUUAUGUACGAUGACAUCAGAAUUAUUUCUUUUAAUUUUCGAUCAAGAAUGGAUAUUAGGAAAUAUUGCUUGUAAAUUAACACUUUAUAUUCAAGUUGUUACACUUGCUUCAACAACAUUUAUUAAUGUUGCAAUGACAUAUGAUCGGUAAGAAUAAAUGUAUCUUGUUUUUAAUGAUUACAGUGAAGUUGGACUAUACAGAUAUAAGAAACAAAGUAAUAGAGUCAUGUUUUUCUUUGAUGUGUCAUUAGAUAGGAAAUUCUUGUUGUUUAUUAUCAAACAACAAGAAAAAGAAUCGAAGGUUUCUUGUUUCAAAUGUCAUGAUUGUACACAAUGUGGACAGAAAAAAUAUAAUCAUAACAUUUUUGUUUUAUCUAUUUAUUGUCUUGUCUUUCUAUUCAAAAAUAGAAAUAUUUUCUGAAUAUGAAAAUUGAUGAUGAUAAAAAUAUUUAUUUUAAACUUGAAUUAUAUUGGUUUUUUUAUUGCACAGAAUGUAUUGAAUCUCUAAUUGGAUGUUUUCUUAUUUACGGAGUAUACUAAUUGAGAUAACAGGAAAUAUUCUAAAUAAUAUGAAAAAUCAUUAUAUUCAAUAUGAAAUGAAUGUUUCAUGUUUAAUUACAAGUUACAUAUAUUCUUUCUAUAAGUAUAAGAUAACAAAAUUUUUAGUAGUUUGUCACCUGCUGUUUUUUUUAAAACACUAGUAUCAGAAUAAAUAGAUACGAUAUUUUUAGAAAUUCUAAUUUACACUACCAUAUUGUUGAGCUAUUACUAAUUGUUGACAUUUUUUAUCUAAUGUCAAUCUCUAUUACACAAAAAUUUUAUAAAUAGAAUACUCUUUCAUGAUUUAUUCCGAAAGAAAGCGUCAUUAUGGUUUCCGUCAGUUAAUGGCUAAUGAAUUAUAGUUAUCAAUCAUAGGAAUCUGUUUGUAUUGAAUUAUCAGAUUUUCUCUUAUGAUUCAAUUAAUCAAAGAUAUUUUUUUCUGUUAUUCAUUUGCUAAGAUUAAAUUGAAGUAUUUAUUAUAUCAAUUGUCAAAUUCUAUCACUAGCGAUAAGUCUCUCGUCAGAAUUUACAAUGAAGUCACUUAUUAAAUUAUUCCGCUAUAACGUCUAUUAUAUGCUUUCAUGACCGUAAAUUUCAUUUUAAAUACAAAAAAAGAAAUACAACUUUUCGAAUGUUUUAUAUAGAAAAGAAGCUUUUAAUGGAUAUAAUUGGUCUAAUUAUUCAAUAAUAAGGUACGGAUAAUGCAAAUCAUUUUAGUUGUAUUUAUUUGUCAUUUGAUAGAAUGUGAUAUGUCGAUCAGAAAUAUAUGGAUUUCAAAUUUUUCUAUUGUCUUUUAGGAAAGAGAUAUAAACCCCUCCCCACAUUAGAAGACCCCUGGUCUUCUAUUAUGUCUCGUCGUAAAAAUUUGUCAGAGGGGUCUUCUAUCAUGUCCUAGGUUUUUUACCAAUUAUUAACUGAAAGUAGUUUUCCAGAAAUCUGAGGCGAUUUUCAGGAUUCUUAUAGGAAUUUUCACGGUUUUGAGGGUCGACGGAUACAUUUGGA